UAAAAGACAGAAUACUUUACAAACUACUGAACCUGAAAGUAGUGUUUUCACCAACAACAAUAACAAAGAAACUCCAGUUAUUAUGGGAGUAGACCCUCUUUCGCUCGAUAAAAGAAAGGGUAAAGAAGUUUCUAUAAGUAAAAUAACCUUAAUUAUCACUUCUGACCAAGCUCUUAUAAACGUCGAUGAUGUUAAUAAUGCCUCAAAAAAUUUUCUGAAUAAUAAGAAAAAUCCUCAAGAAAUUUUCAUUAAAAAAUGA